CGCGUACUACAAGUUCCCCUUAAGUCAAAAUGUCACAACAACCCUUUAUACGGCCCAUUUUACCGGCAGACACUCACGCUCUCCGUCACGCGGUCCUGUGGCCAGACAAACCCAUAUCUUACGUGCAACUGGCCGAGGACGAAGACGGGCAGCACUUCGGCGCCUUCAUAGAAGAUGAGCUGGUGAGCGUCAUCUCAAUGUUCAUCGACGAUGCAGGCGAAGCGAGGUUCCGUAAAUUUGCCACGGCAACUUCUUGGCAGGGGAAGGGGAUCGGGUCGAAGCUGCUGGAUUACACAAUUGCGGCGGCUGCGAAGACGGGCACAGCGAGUAUAUGGUGUGAUGCGAGGACGAGCGCGUUGCCGUUUUAUUUGCGGUUUGGAAUGGAGGUUGAGGGCGAGGUUUUUCAUAAGGGCGGUGUGCCGUAUUUAAAGUUGAGUCGGACACUACCGUGAGGGGCUGGGUGGUGAGGCGAUAUGUAGAUGUAUGUAACCGGGGGUAUAAGUUGUCACGAGUGUAGAUGAAGGGCCGGAUUGAUCAGUCCUUCCAGAAGUCUCAACCAUUUGGGAGGUUAUCUGUGUGACAUGUGGGUGACAAACUCUAUUACGUGCACCCAGAAGCUCGCC